AUGAGUAGUUGGCUCAGCAAACUUGGUUUCGGUUCCCGAUCCGAAUCCGAAUUAAACUCACCUACUUCUUCUUCAUCUGCAAUUCCUCAAGGACCCGACGACGACACACCCGACCCGGGUCACCAAUUCGCCCAAUUCGGGGCGGGUUGUUUUUGGGGCGUUGAAUUGGGGUAUCAGAGAGUGGCAGGUGUUACAAAGACUGAAGUUGGGUACUCACAGGGUUAUGUGGAUAAUCCUAGAUAUGAAGAUGUGUGUUCUGGUACUAGUAAUCAUAGUGAGAUUGUUAGGGUUCAGUAUGAUCCUAAAGAAUGUGAUUAUGAUACUUUGCUUGAUGUCUUUUGGGCUCGUCAUGAUCCUACCACCCUUAAUCGUCAGUUCUCUUGCUCCAAGGAGGGAACAGUAGCAGACUACAGUAAGCGGGAUUCAGCUGUUGAUCAGUGA